GGAAAUGUGUCAGUAUAAGAAGAGUGGUUUCACUUUUCUCUCGUCAUAUCACUGUAGCUCAGCGCCUCGACUCUAUUUGGAACCAUGACAUUUGUGAACACUCUCAAACAGUGGGAUGAGGCAGUGGCCUGUUUCGAACGCGGGGAUUCCGCAGCUGCCCUUGGAACAUUUCUGGACAUCCAGGAAAAGAACUCCAAAAUCUUUUUCAACAUUGGCUGCCUACAUUUGAUCAAUAAGAACCUAGAUGCAGCUGAAAAGGCUUUGGACAGAUGUAUCGGAAAGGAUGAACACUUGGCUGUUGCAUUCUUUCAAAGGGGGUUGACAUUCUACAAAAAAGAAAGGUUUGAGGAGUCUUUUGCUGAUUUCCAACAUGCCUUCAAGGAGUUGAGGGGGAACCAGCUGAUCGACUACAAACCUCUUGGUCUGAGAUACAAAUUAUAUGCUUGUGAGGUACUGCACAACAUGGCGCUGGCCCAUGCUCAGCUGGGUCAGUGGGAGAAAGCCAAGGAGAACCUCCUGACUGCUCUGAAUCUCAGGACUGAGGCCAAACUCAGCCACAUCGACAGAGGUCUGGAGUGCAUCCUGAAGCAGAAGCUGUUUGAGCCAGUUAAGGUCCCGGCGAAAGUGCUGUUCAAGCCAAACAAGAACUAUGUGGCUGAACUGGAGAAGAAGGACUACCUGGGCAAGGCUAAGGUAGUUUCUUCCAUCGUCUUCCAGGAUGAGUUCUCUGGCUUUGCUCCGUUACAGCCACAGGUUGAAGAUAUUCCUACCAGACCAAAAGCGCCUGAAGUUCUGAGGGCUCUGGAGGGAGAGCCUCACACUGUCCUCUUUGAGUUUGUCCCUGAGACAAGUGAUGAGUUAGCUGUGGUGCCUGGCAACAUUGUCUUUGUGCUGAACAAAGGAUCUGACAACUGGGCCUCUGUCAUCUUCAAUGAGCGAAGGGGGCUUGUUCCUUAUAAUUUCCUGGAGCGUUUGGAAAUAACCUUAUCAUCUAAGCAAGAUCAGGAUGGGACAGACAAGGAUAACAUUCCAGGGCCACCUAGACGAGAACCACCGAAUAGACCUCAGAGAAAUUCUGCAGCUUCUGCUACUGAAAAUCAGAGCAUUGGGGACACAAAAACAGAGUCUUGCCAGAGUAAAGAGUUUAGUGACCCUUCACUCUGUGUAGUGAAAGUACACUUCACGUACACCAUAGCAAUCUGCAUGGUGCCUGGACUUCCCUACACAACCACUCUGGAGAAAAUCAGUCACAAACUGGGCCUCCCUGCCACAGCAAUCACCUUGAGCUAUGCCCAAAUAGAUUCGGGUAAAAAAGUGAUUGAUGAGAACACAAGGAUGGAAGAUGUUUGGAGCUGUGUCCACAAUGGUCGUUUAACACUGUGGUGUGAUCUCAAAGAGGGAGUGAGUGAGCAGCUACAAAGCCAGACUCACCUGAUGGCGCUUCAUUCUUAUGAGUCUUCAACUCCAGAGGAUCUUGAGUUCCAUCAAGGAGAUACCAUCUUACUUCUCUCCAAAGUCAAUGAAGACUGGUUUGAGGGACAGUGCAACGGAAAGAUUGGCAUAUUCCCAGCAUCCUUUGUGGAAGAAGUUCCUAUGAAAGAUAAAUAAUGUAAAAGGAAUGUCAGGAUAAGGAACAAUGACUUCAUAGAGAUUGUGGGAUUUGUUAUUUCUACUUUGAGCAUGAGGUCCGGGAUUCUAUCCGGUCACGCUUUGGCAGCUAUGCACCUUUUAAAGGCAAUGUUCCCACAUUCGUGGAAACUACAUUUAUGGUCCACACUGCAUAUGUCGGCUGACUCGGCUCAAUAUGGGAUUGAAUCCUGGCCUUUGUCUUCUAAUCUGGAAACCACCAAACACACAUCAUCAAAGAAAAACAGUCAGAUUUCAAUAUUUAUGUUGAGGGGAAGGCAUUUAGGUCCGAAACGUCAGUACCUAAGCAAGGACUUUUCUUCAUUGGGCUGAUAUUUACCAAUUUAUUUCAUGUUAUUGUUAGUGUGUUAUAUGUUUUAAUAACCUUUUUGGCCAGCACAAAUCAAGCAUGCCCAGGUUUUCUACAUAUUUGAAUAGAAAUGCAUUAUUUUGUUUUACCUUCUUUUUACAGUUGAAUUCACAUACACUGAGUUUACAUACACUUAGGUUGGAGUCAUUAACUCGUUUUUCAACCACUCCACAUAUUUCUUGUUAACAAACUAUAGUUUUAGCAAUUCGGUUAGGACAUCUACUUUGUGCAUGACACCAGUCAU